UGACGAUGCUUUCUGACUCCUGGGAGAGUCAGAUGUGUGCGGGCAGGUAGCAGUGGAGCACUUAGACUAUUGGGACCACAGGCUUGUAGUCUUGAGUGCCACAUUUCCAAAUGAUCUUUUAAGAAUGGCUGGAGCAAUCAUAGAGAACAUGAGCACUAAGAAAUUGGUUAUCUUGGGAUUCAUUUUUUUUGUCUUUCAAGUUCUUUGCAUCAUGGUUGGAGCAUUAAUCGCUCCUAGUCCCACCAGUGCCAUUCGCUACUUGGCCACCAAAUGCAUUAAUUACCACAGGGCUGGCGGCUGGUUCAUGCCGUGGGGAUCAAAUCGAUGCCAGCAGAUCCACAGUUUUGAUGAGCCUCUGGCAAAAAAACUGGAUGCCAACAACAUUGUUUUUGCGGUGCACAUACCUCUUCCCAACACGGAGAUGAGCCCCUGGUUUCAGUAUAUGCUGGCAGUUUUACAGUUCGACAUUGCAUUCAAAAUGAACAAUCAAAUUGAAGAUGACGUUACCAUCACUAUUGAUGCUGGCCUGGCAUACAGGGACGAUUUGAUAUCUGAGUGGACCGCAAAGUGUCACUCAGUAGAGCAAAGGCCACUUAGGUGCAUAUUUGCAUUCCCUAAGAUGUAUGAAAAUGAAGGCCGCUUUUAUCACUGUGAACCCAUACCAUUCAUGGAACUGGGAAGUGUGGCCCACAAAUAUUUUUUGAUUAACCUGCGCUUGCCAGUGAAUAACACGGUGAACGUUGGCAUUGGAGAAAUAAAGGACAUCCAAAUAGUAGGCAUCCACCAGAAUGGAGGCUUCACUAAAGUGUGGAUCAGCAUGAAGACGGUCUUCAGUCCCUGGAUAUUUGGGGCAACAGUUUGGUACUGGCGCAGGAUCAGCCUCAUGGCAAGACCUCCAGUCCUGUUGGAAAAGGUGAUUUUUGUUCUGGGUACCUCUAUGACAUUCCUGAACAUGCCGGUCGAGUGGCUCUCCCUGGGUUUUGAGUGGACAUGGAUGCUGCUGUUUGAAGAUAUUCAACAGGGCGUCUUCUACUCCACGCUCUUCUGUUUCUGGAUCAUAUUCUGUGGUGAACACCUCAUGGAACAAAGUCAGAGGAAUCGGCUGUCAGCGUACUGGUGGCAGGUUGGGCUGAUAGUGUUCGGCUCAUCUGUUCUCCUCAUAUUUGACCUGAGUGAAAGGGGGGUUCAUUUGACCAACCCUUUCUACAGUGUGUGGGCAUCAGAAAUUGGGUCAAAAGUGGCAGUAUCCUUCAUUAUUGUGGCAGGGAUUUCUGUUUGUCUGUAUUUCCUCUCCCUGUGUGGCAUGGUGCAUUGUGUCUUUAGGAACAUUGGUGGGAAAAUACAGCAACUUCCUGCAAUGCCAGAAGCUAGGAGACUGCGGUAUAAGGGUAUAAUCCUCAGGUUCCAGUUUUUGAUGCUGGUGACUCUAGCCUGCGCAGCCAUGACUGUCAUCUUCUUCAUCUUAAAUCAAGUCAGUGAUGGUCACUGGCACUGGGGAGACUACACUCUCCAAGUCCACAGUGCUUUUCUCACAGGAAUCUAUGGCAUGUGGAACCUUUAUGUUUUUACCAUUAUCUUCCUCUAUGCCCCCUCCCACAAGCACUACAGACUGAAGUCAGGAGACAGUCAACAAACAGAUAUCCUGGAGAUGCCAGAAAACCAAGAGAGCCGGGUGACAUGUGGAGAGCAGGGACCGACAGAGACCUACAGGAUCACUGGGAAGAGAUACUGGUGGGAGGUGCUGAGGGAAGAAUUGGAAAAGGACCAAAUUGGAAAUGGACCCAGUGUCACUGUUAUUGGGCCUUCCAAAUAGGCAUAUAACUACAGCAGCUAACAAGAGACUGUAUAGUAUAAGUUGAC